AUGCCCACCCGAGUGCAGGCCCAUCGGUUACUGCUGCUACCGCUGCUGUUGCUGCUCACCCUGCCAGCCACAGCCUCAGACCCUGUAUUCUGCUUCACCCACUAUGAAGAAUCCACGGGCAAGUGCAAGGACCUCCUUGGGGGAGGUGUCAGCACGGAAGACUGCUGUCUCAAUGCUGACUACGCCUUCCAGGAGCCCCACAGAAAGCUCUGUAUGGCGUGCAGGCUCCCACAAUGGUCACCGUGGUCCGAGUGGGCCCCCUGCUCAGUGACCUGCAAGGAGGGCUCCCAGCUGCGGCACCGGCGCUGCAUAGGCUGGGGCGGGCAAUGCCCCGAGAAGGUGGAGCCUGGGACCCUCCAGUGGCAGCUGCAGGCAUGUGAGGACAAGCCGUGCUGUGCUGAGAUGGGCGGUUGGUCCAACUGGGGGCCCUGGGCAUCUUGCUCUGUCACCUGCUCUAAAGGGACACGGAUUCGUCGUCGAGCAUGUGAUCGCCCCACCCCCAAGUGUGGGGGCCACUGCCCAGGAGAGGCACAGGAGUCAGAGGCCUGUGACACCAAACAGGUCUGCCCCACACACGGGGCCUGGGCUGCUUGGGGCCCCUGGGGCCCCUGCUCAGGCACCUGCUACAAUGGACCCAAGGCAUCUGAGGAGAGACGAAGCCGCACAUGCUCUGCACCUGAGCCCUCCACACAGCCUCCCGGGAAUCCCUGCCCAGGGUCAUCCUCUGAGCAGCGGGCCUGCACCGGCCUGCCACCCUGCCCAGUGGCUGGUGGCUGGGGGCCAUGGGGCGCUGUGAGCCCCUGCCCUGUGACCUGCGGCCUGGGUCAGACCCAGGAACAACGGACAUGUGAUCGCCCUGUGCCCCAGCACGGGGGGCCCUUCUGUGUCGGUGAUGCCACCCGGACCCACAUCUGCAACACGGCCGUGCACUGCCCUGUGAACGGAGAGUGGGAGCUCUGGGGGGAGUGGAGCACCUGCAUCCGCCAGAGCAUAAGACACAUCAACUGCCAGGAGAUCCCAGGCCAGCAGAGCCGCUUCAGGCUCUGCAAGGGCCGCAAGUUUGACGGACAGCGAUGUAGCGGGGAUCAACAGGAUAUCCGGCACUGCUACAACAUCCAGCGCUGCCUCUGGAAAGGCUCCUGGUCGGAGUGGAGUACCUGGGGGCUGUGCAUGCCCCCGUGUGGACCCAACCCCAUCCGCACCCGCCAGCGCCUCUGCAAGGCCACGCUCCCCAAAUUCUCGUGA